AACGACGUUACUCGUAUGAUGGUGAUGAUGAUGAUGAUGAAGAUGAUCCGACGGAGAAAAGCGAGUGACUGAUUGCAUACCAUAAGAAAGGUACUAACGACGAUUAUGAUGACCUGACUUAUUCUAUAUUCUUACUUGUUGAACAAGGACCAGACAGGACGGAUCAGUUAGGACGAACAGGAUGGAAGGGGAGCAAACGCCGUACGUUCUGACGGCAGUGCUUGCCGCUCGUGGUCUUGGCGACACUGAUCCAACUUUACGAAGAAGUUCUUGAAAGCGCUUUUUUCAUCCAGGGUAUCUGCUUUAGUGUGAACCUGAACGAUGGACAGGAAUUUUAAUAUUUUUUCAGCAACUAUAGUCACUGUAUUAUUUACAAAGUCAGAAACGAUACCUUUUUUACUCGAGACCAUUGUUCUUUUCGUCGCUUCUUUGUGGGCACCCUCACGCCUCAGCUCUUCUAAUCACCGUGAUGGUUACCUGCUGCGACUACGGCAUGUCGGUGCGCGUGCCCUUUAUGUCAUGGGGUCUUCAUCUUGUUGUUGUUUCCAUGACAACUUAAUGCUUUUCCCUAUAAUACUUUUUUGCACGACUUCUACAAUGAUAACUUAAUGUCCUUAAAGGUCUCUCGUAAUUAGUAUGCAUGGCAGGCUUCAUUUUUUCGCAAGCGAUUAAGGUGUUGGCUCCAGACGCAGGCGGCGUUCUCCGCUACUCUUUUGGCGCAUAUGCGGCAGCCGUGUCCAUUCCGGAUUUGGAUCUCGUCCAUGGCCAGCUCAGAGACCUUUGGUUACGACGAUGAAUGUUUAACAUGAAAUUGUUAUACCGUACCAUCGGAGUACUAGAGCCUAACUGUAACUUCUUGUUCAUCUAAGUAAUAAAUGUUCUAAAUAGAAGUUCUGGUUCAACCUUUUCGCGGUACGAAUAAACUUGUUCUAAAUAGUUAGCUUAAUAGAGACCUCUGGAUCUGGUGGCGAUGAUGAAUGGUUCUCGUACUAAGUAAGUAUCUAGAAAAACGUUGAGGUGAGCGCUUUGAACGUUCAAUUACCUAUGAAUAUGCCGCUAAAAUUGAUGAAGACCUUAAAGAAAAGAACUACUCUUUGGUGAACAAGUUCAUUGGGCAUCGAAGAUGAGACCACUACAAGAAAAUCGAAUUGACCUUGAGCAAGAACUUGGUGAAGAUUUUUAACUAGAAGAUGCAGGCUACACAUAGUGAGCUAUCACAGGCCUCUGCGCUAGCACAGGGGAUUGAUGAAGCCCUUAAAUAAGAGAACUUUUUGAUGAACAGGCUAGCGUAGGAACAGGGAUCAACUUUCAGCAUCUAAGGAGACUUUCGGCUAAGCCUGGCUCCCUAUCGCAGUCCGAUACGCCUGUGGAGCUGCAUGUGGUCAUUCAGUACUUCAACGCAGAGGAUGUCACCCAUCAUAAUUAUGAAAGUAACUAACUUGCAAAUAUCACGCAGCACGCUUAUGAAAGUAAGUAGACGAAAGUAACUUGCAAAUAUCACGCUUCACACUUAUGAAAGUAAAAAAAAGUUAUGUGCAAGUUUUUGUCUUCAUUAUAGCAGACGAGAUUUAAGGAGGCUCGGCACUAAAAAAAAAAAAAGUGUGAUGAUGCUUCUUCUACAAGUUCGAAAGUACAUUUGCACUCAAGAUAUAACAAGGAGGCUGUCUACGCUGCGUACUGCUAGUUCGAAGGUGCAUCUACUGGCACUGCACCCAAGAUAUUAUAAGGAGACUCUCUUUCUCUAGCUCUACUAGUUCUUCGAAGGUACAGCUGCAUAGCUCUUCUUCUCCUUUAAGGGCUUAGCAGUCUGAGAGCAAAGCUGGAGUCGGUGUUUCGGAAGCGAACUCAAGAAUUGACCUAUGCAGGUGGUUUCAACGACUACUCAGGAGGACAGAACGCAGGUGGCUUCAACGACUACUCAGGAGGACAGAAUAAGAUAUGGGAGGACAGAAUAUGAUGUAGGACACAGAAGUAAGACGUGCACGUCCCGGCUUCAACGACUACUAGAAGUCAAUUGAAGAUAGAAAUACCCAUAGAAUAUAAUUGAUGAGCUGCGAGGAGAUGGAUAAGAUAUGGGAUGAUUCUUGUGCGUCAUUUCAUUCGAUGUGGUCGUGGACCAUGAGAGCGCUACUACGAUCACGCCGCAGCCAGACGAGCGUGAAAACAGCAAGGAUCAGGUGGACGACGUGUAUGGUUCACAAGAGAAUUUAGAAAAGAGAUAGACUCGUCGUGGUCUAUUGCUCUUCUACUUAAGCAUAUUGUAGGCUCUGGGUCUUGUCUCAUUCAAGUUUACCAAGUUGGUAGACGCCAUUAGACCUAGACGAAGUGCAACAAACACUAUGAAUGAAUGCAAGCUACAUAGCUCCAUUAGACCUAGACGAUGUGCAUCAAAUACUAUGAACGAGUGCAAGCUACUUCGCUAGUCGUGCUAGUUCUUUUCUUUCCUUUUUCAAUCUUGCUAAGUGCUUACACGUGAUAUGAUGUUAAUGGCUUCUUAGAAGACAUAGUCUAGAAGGAUGAUGACACGGACCAUACACAUGAAAGAAUACAAUAACCUUGAUAGUUGAUGUUACGUAGCUCUUUAGGUGAACACGUCGCAGUCGAACUGCAUCCCCUUCAUCCUUGUUACCAAGUCUCGGCACAGCUGCAAGUCCCUCAGCAAGGUGUAUUAUGGUUGGUUAUCAGUUGUUAGGCACUAUCAGUCAUUACGUGGGCAAGUCACUCAUCAACCAGGCGAGGCAGACACUUCUCAAUCACGGAUAUGCGUGUUAAAAUGAUUGUCAAUGAUGACAAAUUUUGAUUGACUACCUUGCUUAUAGGGCAAGGAAGCCACUCAUAAACCAGGGACUUGGAUGUGAAAAUGAUUGUACCUUACCCUACCUUUAACAAGUGCUGACAAAAGAGUAGAAGACCACGUCGUGCAAGGUGCGACGAGAGGCGGUGCAAUAGAUCAUGUGCAAGGCGGUUCGAUAUUGACGGAUCCGUCGAUAGAAGAAUUGACGUGGCAACGCUGCGAACCUUAUAGUUAAGGCUGUGCUAGCUAAUUCAUCUUAUUGAGAGCGUCCCUGAAACUACGUAUGGGGGAGCAUCCCAGUGCGAUACUCUGGCAUACUUUUCAAGGAUGCAGCUGGGAGGUGAAUUACAGAGAGCGUUAAGAUGGGAAGAUCAUUCAAGCGCUAGAAGCCAAGGUGUCGAAACUAGAGGAAGCCGACAGAGAACACAAAGGCAAGGACGAAGUCCUUGAGGAGCAAAAAGAGCUGCGAAGGCAGGGAGCCGUAAAACACGCGAGCGUCCUGGAGAAAACAAGUGCUUCCAUCACCACACUUCGGAGAGACUACGAUACUUAAGGCUUACACAGUAAAUCAUGGUACGAAGCAUCCAAAUCUUGCUUCUACUUUGUCUUCCUUUUGUUUCUCUGUUAAGGGAAGGAAAAUACGUGAAAGAUGCCUACUUUCGAGAAAAGCUUCUCCCUCUAGCGUGUGCGUUUUUAGAUAAUUUAUGUUCUCGCUGCAGGAAUAGCAAUAGAGUAGCCUCAUGAUUACUCACCGUCUAGUCCAUUCACUUUCACAUAAAGGCUUCCUUUGUAAGUAUAAUGGAAUCUAAGAUACACUACUGGCGGAAAACCAGAACUUGCUGAAGCAACUGCAGGAAGCCACGCGCACGAUCUAUGAGGGAAGAGAGCAACAAGAAGAACUCGUAAAAACAGUCGGCAAGCAGAAGGCGGAGCUUCUGCUUCUCGAAACAAAGCUUCGAAGCUUCGACCACGUCACAAAUCAUCUGCAGAGUUACAAUUAUGCAUGGUAGUGGUUCUGAUACUCAGAUGUCAACUAUUACUUACACUUGCAGAGUUAAAAUUAUGCUACAGCCUCAGGAUCAAAUAUUGAUAUUAAUAUGGUUCUUCAUGUGCUGUCGUGGUUCUACAUCUGAAGAGAAACUCCCUAAUAAAUAAAUUUCUCUAUUUACAAGAAAAAAGAAAAACUCACUUUUUCUCAAGAUGUAAAAAAAAAGUCGAUUGUAGUCACAUCAAUUAUUAGAUGAUUCGCCUCGUGAUCACCUCCUCUAUUACGUAUAUCAACUACUAGCUAUAUUACAUCUAAGUACUACGUCUACUAGUCCACCAACAAUAUGCUUACACCUUCUUUUCAACAUAUUCAGUAAAAUUGGUACAGGAGAUCAACUACAUUACACUACAAACAAGCCUCGUACUAUAGAUGUUAGUUUUCGCUAAUGUUCAGGGCAUGACCAGGAGCACAAUGUAGCACGACAGGAGUUACAUGAUAAGUACAACCUAGCCACCCAGGCCUUCGAAACCGCGCUAGCUGGUCUCAAGAAGGAGGUACUUUAUUCUUGUUCGAAAUUUUUUAGAUGAACUUGAAGGACUGUAUGAACAUCGUGGAGGAGAUAUUAUUUUGUUCUACACUCUGCUCACUUCUUGCUGAAGAUAAAGAUGAAAGAUGCCAUUCGUGAGCGCGCAACUCCUUGUAUGUGGGCCGACUUCUAUCCUAUCCUAUCCUAUACAGACACAACGUCAAAACACAGGUCUCCACGCUAGGAGAAGAGAAAGUUGCACUGCAACUACGCCUAGACGAACGGGAGAUGCAGCUUGAGUCUACGAAAUUUAGUUUGGAGUCUCUACAGCUCACAUCACACGGCAACGACGCGGAACGGCAGAAAAAUUACCGUCUAGAAAACUUAUGGUAGAUCAUAGUACGAUGAGAUGAUGAGAGGGAAGGAAGAAUAGAUCAUAGUACGAACAACUACGAUUCGAAGGGCAGGGAAAAUUUGAUACCGUCGUUCUAGAAAAUUUCUGGUGAGGACCACAGAGUAAAGUGCUUUAGUUUACAACAAGCUCCCAUUCUAUUUCUAGUAGUUGUAGUAACAAUAACAAGUUGUAGUGAUGUAAAAAUGAAGUUCGGCACGGCAGCUCUAAUGAUCAGCGAUGACAUGUAUGGGACAAACAGAUGUAAACUCUGGUUUGCAAUGAUAUGGAACUUUAGCAGCUUUUCAACAUACCCACAGGUAGUAGUUGUACCUGCAUUGUUGAACUUGAAGUGCUACUUUUGAGCCACUAGUAUAUAAUGAACAAGACAACAUGUAACUCCUAAAAACGUCGGUAGCUACAGAAAGUUGAAGAAAAAGUCUAAGUAGAUUACUACCUCUUCACUACCUCUUCGUAGAAGUUGAACUUCUGAAGUUCUUGUUCGACUUGAGAAGUGAAGUGUAUUUUGAUCGAUGAGUUCAUAAUACGACGUCGCUGCGGAAGGAGCUACUUGCAGCAAAUACGCGAAGAGAUCAACUAGAGGCCGAAUUCUCACUACAGCUAUGGAUCACGAACACAAGUGUUGUACUAACGCGAGUCCGAUCCUAUCCUAUCCUAAAGCGAGGAGUAUAACCUGCCGGGUUGGUCGGAUGGGUUAUCAUGUAAUUCUGGCAGCUCGUUGUUGCUGAUCUUAGCACUUCGUGGUAGCUCUUCCCUGCCUCUCUUAGCAUGGGUUCUGGUAGCUUUCGAUUGUCAUACUUGGCAAAGUAUUUCUUUCUUGAUUAAACACCAACCCGCACUAGCUUUUAACCUUAUACUUAAUAAAAUUCAUCAUACCGGGCUGUUUGACGUCAAUCUCGGGAAUAUGACAAAUCGCUUAGGUUCCUUAGAAUCAAACUCAUGUGAUCAAAAGCCUGCGCCAUUCAAUAACCUGCCGGGUUGGUCGGAUGGGUUAUCAUCUCUAAUGAAAGGUGAGAGGGCGCGGUCAGCACUUCAAGCCGAACGGCGGGAACAAGCGAGGUUGCGAGAAGAGCUGGAUAAGAGUCAGGCUGCGCAGUCAGCUUUGUUUCUAGAUCUAACGCAACGACAAGAGCAGGCGUCAUCGGCACUGCUGGCUCGAAAACAUGCAGAAGGAGACCUCCUCAGAUUACAGAAUGAUAUCGCAGAUCUGUCUGCUCGCGCAGAGGACUCGGAGUCCAAGUCUGCAGCCCUGAUAGAAUUGCGCGCUGAACUCACAUUAAGGCUAGUUAGUAGUUGUUUUUUUUUCUCUUUGAAAGAAACAGACCUCAGGUACUUACAUAUUGAAGCACCUCAAUUCUGGAUCCGGACAGUCACACCAACUCGUCACGAGGUAGGUUGACGUGAUGUCAAGGAAUAGAGAAAGCUGCUGUCAGCGAUGCGAGCACGAAGUGUCUAGCUCCCAUGACAUCGAGGAAAAUGCUGCUGUGAGCUUGCAGGUACCAGCUCUAAUGAGACAGCUCACCCGAAGCUUUGAUGAGCUACGGAUUUGCUACGGGAAAGAGACGCAAAGAACUCAAGCGGACAUCAUCCCAAGCAUGAAAUUAUGAUCUUUUUCACGUCAUGUUUAAAGUAGUAGUUGUAGGUCUACCUCUAGCUUAUAUGACACUAAUUUUUUAUCGGAACUCGCUCGCACUACAAGAAGAAAAAAAGUUCCUUGAUCCCUCAACUGGAUAGUUCUUGUUGCUUUUCUUUUGUAGCACAUGCAAAUGUUUCUUGAAGACAAAUAAGAGCCCAUUGGCCACUGCUUUUCUUGCUUGACAGACAUUCACUCAUAUAUGCACUUACUUACUCCCAGUCCCAGCCUAACUCUGUCCCGUGAGUUAAAUUGCCUUGUCCUCUUCUAAUUCCCCGUGAGUUAGGUACUUUGCGAAAAGAGACGAGGCAACUGCAAGAAGAGCUUGUGUCUGCUCGUGCACGUGGCGAUCUUCUCGAAAAUGAAAAACGGGAAAUGCAAGACCGAAUUACUGUAUUGGAAAAUAGUGCGUGGUAUGGCUACUUCAGACUAGCAGGAUUAGGUUCACUUCUAGUACUUCUUGUAGUUGUACAUGAUGUAAGUCUAGAUGAGUAAGUUCUAGUACUUCUUGCAGUUGUACAUGAAAUUCUUGCAUACUAUAGACUCACAACAUACCCUUCAUUCUCGUUUGGGUGGAACCGGAGAUAUGGACGAAGGUGUGUAUCAGAUGCUAAGGGAGAAAGAAGGAGUGUGCGCGAAACAGCAAACGUUGCUGAAUAGACUUGCGGAGCGCCUGAAGGAGCUCAGUGCUAGCUUUGAUUCCGAGCGGAACACACUGCAGUUAAGCUUUCAGAUAGAGUACUCGAAAACUCAAAAUAUCCGAGUUACUGAAUGAAAUAAGGGAGGUAGCUUAACAUCACGGCGACUCUUCCUUCUGAUCAGUAUCUCGGUUAUUCUCGUCUGUUACUCGCUUAUUUCAGUUUUUCGAAUAACUUUUUCUGAAUAAAUGCACUGCAGAUGAAGUCAUGAGGUUAGACUAAGUUGUAGCUGCUCAUCAGGUUAGAGAUAGUGAUAGAUGAGUGAAAGUGAAACGUACUGCGGUUAUAAAGUAGUUAAAGUACUAACAUUUGAUUCUACCGAGUGAAAAACACUGCAGAUUCUAAGGAUAGAGGUACAACUAGAGCUUGAGCUAGAGGUAGUUGUUUACCAACUACCUCGAAGGGGAAUUGAUAUGAUAACACCUCUUGUUCCACAUCUCUUUAAGACAUCGCCAAGCUACCUUCAAGGACACCCUUCUGAAAAAGCUCACCGACUUGGCCCUUACUCAUUCGACAGACUUAGAAGGACGGUACUACUAUAAAUGUGAUACUUGAAGAUCUCGAAGAUCCAGACCUUCUUUCCUUUGUCUACCAGUAUGUACCCUUAGCAGAUCUUAUCAUCACCUCUUUGAUUUUUAUAUGUAGGUACCGGCACCACACAGACACAACAAUUUACCUUACCAGAAGGUGGAUGGCGAACACACAUGACCUCAACAUCUCAACCCCUCAACAGGUAUUUGCCAGAUAAGAUGGAUAUGGUCGACUCCUCACUUGGGGCGAUGGUAAAUAGUCGGAAUGGAGGCCAGCUACCCAUAGUGCGCAUCGGCAGAGGCCAAUACCUCUACAAUAGCAGCAUUUAUUUAAGGCAUUCCUUUGAGUAAUCUUGAGAAAAGGUGGUAAACUGCUCAGUCUUAGUUUGUUACCCUUAAGUUGAUUUGAUAAGUAAGAUAGGAAGCAAAUGACAUGCCGUGUUAAAAAUUCCCCUAAAAAGUAGUAGACCAUUCAUUUAUCAGUUGUCUUACUCUUAGUUACCCUAAAUAUUAGUAGAGGUAGACCAAUCAAACUGUUAUACUUACCAGAAGUUCAAGUUACCUCCUCAUGAAGAUGAUAGGAGUAGUGGUUCGGAUUAAUCAACGUUGCGGACCUGCUGGUGGAAUGCGAAUAGCAAAUCGUGAAUUUAGUUUUCAUUCAAUUACAUCUACUUUUUUCCCUGAAAACAAACUUACACAAGAAUUCAAUCUGAGAUGGAUUCGUCUAACACGGUCAGCGUCAUUUGACGAGCGCGGGGGCCGGUUAAUGUUGCGACGGGUGGCGUCUCUGAAUGCUGGAGCGAAAGGAGAUGCGGAGCUCGUUUCAGCGGAAGAGCUACUGUUUUCUAACUAGUUGGGUGAAAAGCUGCUUGAUGGUGAAUAAUUGAUGCCUGUCUUCGAUUAAUUAGAGGCGUGCUGCAAAUCUUGAUUGGCUUCUUCCCUUUUUAUAGGGUCGCGGUUUAGGUAUAGGUCCAGCGGCGCUCAAAGCACUAAAUAAAGCAACCGGCUCGCUUUUACCUCUAGCGUGUAGCCCUUCCAACAAUUAGUUAGAUGGUCCUUUGUCUAGAUUGUUGCCUUUCUUCCUUGAUGGUGCUUGAUGAUGACUUUCUUCCUUUAAUUACAAUUUUUAGUUUAAUCAAAUGGAUUUCAAUAUUCUUUUGUGUACUUUUGUUUCCUAGAUAGGCGUGCUCCACCGGUAUGUGUUAUGAUGAGUAGCAAAAAGAUAUCAGAGUAUAUCAGUUUCAGUGGUAAGUCAACUUUGACAAAGUCAUGAUGUUGCUUGGUGGGCAUGUUCUUUCAACUAGUAUUUUCGCAUGUUCUUUCAACUAGUUGUAUUUUCAGCAAGAAAUUAUGUGCUAAGUCGUGAUGUUGGUUGUAGACGUAUAGACGUUCUUUGAGUUUUUCAGCAGGUAAUUCUAAUUGUAGUGUGCUAAGUAAGUCGUGAUUUUGGUACUGGUAGACGUAGAGACGUGCUUUGAGUGUUUAAUGAUGUGUGAACAGUACUAGCGAAAAGUUAUCAGAGUAAAUCCUAAAUCAGGAAGAUGUGAAAGACCACGUUCUUUGAGUUUUUUGAUGUGUGAGCACCGGAGAAAGUAACUAAGCACCAGAGUAGAUGUAGAUCAGUAGAUAAAAAACUAAAUUACAAUAUGUUACAGAUGACGUUCCUUUCAUCUAGUUUUUGAUAUGUGAGUACUAGUACGAAAUUAAUAGAUCAUGAGUAGAUCACUACACUAGAUUCGACUUGGUGUGACCGUAGUAGCUAGUGGUUGUCUGAUGUGAGUUUCAUGUUGAUUUUUCUGUUUUAUUUUGAGCGACGAACCUGAAGAACUGUUUGUAGGAAAUACCAAGGCCAUCGUCAUUGAUCAGGAUUGAAAAUUCGUCUUGACAACACCCACGUAGGAGAAGGAGUAUGUUUCCUCGAAUUUCACGCACAAGCAGAGGCGCUUUUGAUUCUAUCUGCAGUUUCGAUCUUGAGAUGUGAAGAAUCUGACUUGUCAGGUUUCUAAUAAGUACAAAAUACGCGUGAAAGCGAAGAUGAGAAGAUCCUGAAUCAGUAGUAGUAGUAUUAGCAGCCUCCUUCUCUUGAAGGGUAGGUUGCAAAAAAUUAUUGUUCUACUUCGG